ACUUUUCAAUGUUCCUGGAAUGUUUUUAACGAGAAAACCGCGAAAACGACGUCACUAUGUGACGGAUUCGGUCAAAACUGGGACAAAGUGCAGUGCACUCUGGCACUGCGUUAACCACCAGGUGUUUCUAUGCCGUAAUCGUCUCAGGAUUGGGUAAUACCUGCCACUAUACCUUGCCCAGUGAUUUUUGCAUAAUAAAUCGCAAGAUAAUUGAUCUUGACAUUUUGACAAAACAAUAGCAACUUGUAAAAAGGUCGAAUAAAACGACAGAUAAUGGAAUUUUGAAAAUCACCGAGUUCAACAUAUCAUGUGAUGACAAUUUGUUGAAGAGGGUGACACGAGAGCCUCAGGAUAGUACUACUGAAAAGUACGAUGUCAGAUGGGAUUGGGAGUGGCGGUGGGGAAAACGAGGUAGACUCUCGUUCCUCUUCGCGUAUCGAAGUUGGUGAAUCUUCCAACCAUAGGGAAGACGAGAGCUUGGAUCCUGAUAACGAAUCUGCUCUUAACACAAAUUAUGACAGCGGUGAUGGAGCAGUCCCAAUAUUUCGAUGUGAUCGGUGUGACAACUAUGAAACCAUAAAUAAGACAGCAUUCUGCGCACAUCAAGAACAAUGCUUAUUGGGUGGUGAGGCAGGAGAGAGUGCCGAGGGAAUAGAAGGCAAUGAGAAUGACGGAGAUGGGGAUGAAAGCCAUUCAGGACAUAGAAAUCAUCGGAAAAUGUUUGAGUGCGAUGUCUGUAAUAUGAAAUUUUCAAAUGGAGCGAACAUGAGGCGGCACAAGAUGAGACACACAGGGGUCAAACCCUAUGAAUGCAGAGUAUGUCAAAAAAGAUUCUUUAGAAAAGACCACUUGGCUGAGCAUUUCACGACUCAUUCUAAAACUCUACCAUAUCACUGUCCAAUUUGCAACAGAGGCUUUCAAAGACAAAUCGCCAUGCGUGCUCAUUUUCAAAAUGAACAUGUGGGUCAGCAUGACAUGGUUAAAUCGUGUCCGCUUUGUAAUUAUAGAGCUGCAACAAUGAAGUGUCUCAGGCUGCAUUUUUUCAACAGGCAUGGGAUUGACUUGGACAAUCCUGGACCAAAUAGCUCUACUUCCCUGAUGGGGAAUUGUACUCCUGGUGAAGCUAUUCCUUCAGCACCUUUAUCAGACAGUGGUGACAGUACUGGAAAUAGAUCGGCGGACAACGCUACUCCACCAAUGCAUUUUCUAACACCCCACGUUGAAAUAUCUAUCCCUUAUCAAGAUCACGCAUCCGAUCAACGCAAUGCAAGCCCUGCUCCAUUGAAUGGGGAUAGUCCAAACAGUCCUCAGAGUGCAGACAGCAACAGCAAUGCACCAAGUAGUAGUCACCAUCAAAUCACCGUGAAUAGCAGCGUUAUUCACAGGAGUGUUGGCGGUUGUGAGGAAGCUAUUACUCCAUCAAUUUCUUUGAUUCCGAUCAAACAAGAGCCAAAUAGUAAUGGUACAGACGAUUCUGGAGCAACAUCAAGCAGUCUCUCUUUACCAUCUUUGAUAAAAGUGUCACCUCUAAAGUCGUUGCUGAGAGAUGAUCUCCGGAGAAAAUUAUCAUCGAACACCAGUGUCAGUAAUUCGGGCAGUAAUCUACACUCAAGGGGUGAGCCACCUACUUCAACCCGACCUGAUCAAAAAAAUAGCGGACUGCAGUGCACACAUUGUAGAAUAACGUUUCCUGAUCAGACGUUAUACUUUCUUCACAAGGGUUGUCAUAGUGACAGUAAUCCAUGGAAGUGUAACAUAUGUGGGGAACAAUGUUGCAAUUUGUAUCAAUUUAAUUCGCAUUUGCUGAGCAAAAGCCAUCAGUAGCUCGAACCGUGGGUGUUCAAAAGUGACAUCGAUUGAAAUUGAUUCGUCUGAUGCUAGCAAAUUUAUUGUCUGCAGUGAAGAUGUACCAUGCAGCUUGAAGUGGUUAAAUAAGAUCGUGAUUAGCUACGAUCUACCUUGCAUUUACCAAACAGGAGUUUUUUUGGUAAUCAAACUGGGAGAGUUUUUACAGUGAUUUAACGCGAUAUCACUACACAUACACAUAUACAUAUACAUAUAUCAUUAUUAUACACAAACGGGUAUAGUGGGAGGCAGAAUAACGGAUAUGUAGAAAAAAAAGAACUGGAUGAGACCAAAAUGCGAAAUCCGUUACCAUGAAACCUUUCAAAUGAUCUUCUAUUAUAACUGACAUAAACAAAUAUAAUACAUAAUAUACACAUGAUAUAAUGAAGCAUCGAAGCAAUAGUACAAAAUACUUGUAUCGCUAUGAAAAAGGUAACUUAUCGGGACCAUCCGUUUCCAACCGGCACUUGAGUGACUGUGAUUGGUAACUUGACUGUACAUAAGAGCUUGUAUGUAAAGCUCGUCAGAUUUAAACGAAAGGGUUGAUAAUUAUACCGUGCAAUUGACGUUGGUACACAUCUGAUAAUUAGAUGAUAUUUUCGAAAACCAUCUCUAUAGUGGGACGUCCUACAUAUUUUUAGCUCUUCUUCUCACUGUACUCUAAAAUUUUUUUAUAUUUAUGGAAAACAUUAUAACAGGACACUUUAGUGCCUUUGAAAGAAUUUAAAAAUUCAGUCCGUUGUGCUGUCACCAAGUGAACUAUCCGUCCAUAGGGCUUUGAAAAGAAAAUUCCAAGCUCUAUUUGUAGAUGUAAUCUAGUUAGAUAAUUAUUUUUUUGAAUUGGACUCAAUUGUUCAACAAUUCAGACCAUACAGUCCUAAAAAAUUUAUCGUCAAAUUCAAUUUCAGUUCGUUCGUAGAACAAGGUAGCUAAGAUAUGAUAUUCGAUCUUAGUCGAGUACUUAGAAGUUAGUUAGAAAGUAUGCCCAUACCACACUGUCAACGUGUCUUCUACAUACAACAUGCCCACAUUCUUUUCAUUGGAGAAUGUACCUGAUUGUCACGUACGUUGAUAAUGUAAUGCCAAUUUCUAUAUCGUAGCGAUACUGCAUUGGGGAUCAAGCUGAUUGCGAGUUCAACUGGACAGUGUGGCAUAUCAAUCCGUUCAUUUUAUUAAUUUUUUUGAACCUAGUUAACACAAUGAUUCAAGAUUUUCAACCAACAUCAAGUCAACCCUGUAUCCAGGUUACUAAGGAAAUGAAACGAACAAAUUAAUAUUCAUUAAGGGAUUCAAAAUGCGUAAUGUCAUUGUUGCGCUCUUGUUAGUUAGAAAAACCCACGUACCAGUAAAACUGGCAUUAAAGUUUAUGUAUAGGGCACAAGCCAAGGCGCGCAUACUAUACCGGUGGCAAAAUCUGUAACAUUUGAUAAAAAGGCCAAUGUUCAUUAUAUUUUGGAGAUAGGAUGGUACGAUAUAGUAAGUACGAAAGCUGAGCAAUGAAGUUCGAUAUUACGCCACAUAACAAUACAUCGUAGAACAAUGAUUGUGUGAAUAAUAUUGCUGACGAUUGAAAGUUAUCGGAUUUUGUUACCGUUUGUAUAAAUAUUUUUAAUAUAAAUAUUUGUACAGUUGGAGUUUAGGAAAGAAAAUGAAGAAAAAAAUUAUUUCGAAUAGUACCUAUAUAUAUUAUAAUAAUAAAAAGAAAAAAAAUAUAUAUACAUACACAUAUAAUAAUAAUUAAUAUUUAAUAUUAUCAUGCUGCUGUAAAUGGUUGUAGUUAUUCAAUAACUAUUAUGUAUAUCGAGGUAUAUUUAACAUUAUUAUUUAUUAGUAAUUAAGUAACUUAUUGCCUUGCAUUCCACAAACAGAAUACAGAAUUAUAGUACCUUAAGUGCACACGUUGAUGGUGCUGUUGUAAAAUACGAGGCUGACUAAAAUUUAUGUAACCAAAAUGCCGUUCUCUCCGUAUCUACUCUAAAACAUCAAAAUUCAAAAUUUUGUUUUAUCGUUCUCCAUAAAUCGGCCUGAUAGUUUCUUUUUUCCUUAUCUUUGACUCGCAAUAAUGUCUCUUUACCGAAGCAUCAUUGACAAAAUAAUUUCGUUUAACUUAUGCAUUCGUUAUAAUUUUGUGAACGUUUAACUGAGGAUACCCAGAAGAAAAAAUGGUUUUUAUAAUGAGAAAACGAAUAUCUAUAAAUUGAUAUUGACAAAAGAUCAAUUUCGGAAACGUGCCUCUUCGUAAAAAAAAGAAAAUGAUAACAGAGAUCUAGACAGAUAUUAAAUUUGAACAUCGACUAAAAUUUAUACGUACCUGAUCGAUAGCUCCUUCGAACUUUGGACUCUAACUUUUGAAAAAAAAUUUUGAAAUAAAAUAUUUACGUGUCUACGAAUUGUGAUGAGAUUCAGUCGCUAGCGUUGGAAGUAUAAUUGCGUAUGCCUUAUUCUGUGAUUGCAAUGGAGUGAGAAGAGAACUAUUAAAAAUAUUGGCGAGAUAAAAUCAGUUUUUCGAACAAAAGCAAGAGUGAAGAUUAUAAUUGUGAUUUGGAUUUUAGAUCGCCUGUGGUAUUGUUAUUAUAUUAGGUAUAUUGUAAUAUAUAAAUAGACGCCACAAAAAUAUGAUGGAUGCAUUUCAUACUUUAAAAUUAUCGGCACACGUCGCCACUUAUUUAUAAACCUUUACGGAUUAAUAAAUUAUAUAUCUACAUUAUGUAUAACGUAAGAAUGAAGAAAAAAUACGUUGAUGUUACUACGGUGUAAUGGGUACAACAUAAAAUAUAUAAAUUAUUAUGUAUAUAAUGUUAUAUAUAUGAUAUAUAUACUUAUAUAUAUAUACAUAAAUAUAUAUCUAAGCCACAGA